ACAGAUAGUGACUGUACUGUAACUAUGGGAACUCUAGUGCCUGUGUGCACAGACUUCAAGUGUGCCUUUGUGUGGCUGAGACAAUCAGGGUGCGUGCAGGCAUGUUUACUGUACAUGCAUGUAUGCAUACAGUGGAUUGAUUGAUUAUUUGGUUGGCUGGAGAAAGACAUUAGAAAGAAAAAAAGACAAAACACUGAUUAUUAUUAUUAUUAUUAUUAUUAUUAUUAUUAUUAUUAUUAUUACCUGUAUGCAUGCCUCAUCUUUUACUGAAGAAUAAUUACUUUUUUUUGACACGUGGUACAAACACCUACUCAAUACAAACACCAAAAAUGUUUAGUAUGACCAGUUUAAAAGCCAGGAAAAGGCCCUUGACUGUUGCUGAGAUGAUGUUUGCAUACAGUAUGGUUGCCAUAUGGACAAUAUUGUGACUUUUGAAAUGAGGCAGGAUAGAAUUUCACCAUAAAGGUUCUUUCUUUGCGUUCCCAUGCAGUGGCAGAGAAAGGGCUUCAGUAUUAUCUUCCCAUUCCUCUCUACUUUGUGUGUUUCCUGCUUCUUUGUUUACCGGCCGGGGUUGUAACGCUGGAAGUGAGUUGAAAAGUAAUCUGAGAUGUUUUACAGUAAUUAGUCGUCUUUGUUGCCUCUUCUGGAAGCUACCGCAUUGAGUCUGAAUGGGGGAAUGAGGGGGCUGCAAGGGGGAUGGUGACAAGUGUGUGAGAGGGUGACUAGCAGGGUGGGUGUAGGUCCCGUCUUUUGUAGCCUGCACUUCUCUCGUUCACCAGCGAGAGCGAGGAGAAGGGCUGAGGCAGCUGUCACUUAACAUGUGAAUGUUCUAAAGGGGGCAGCCUUGGGGUCUUUAGAAACCUCUUCUUUUUUUAUGCCCGCCUACCCACCCUGUUUUUCAAGCAGGAGCUGCAUGGAGUUUUUGAGCCGCAAUCAGACUUAGAGGAGGGGCUUUAAAGAAUGAGGGGCGAGGGGGAGAGUGGGAGGAAAAACCCAGAGGAAGGUAAAGGGGGCACUUUGCCGCCUGAGCGCUUGGUACAGGAGCAACCUGAGCAGCAGCAGCAGCAGCAGCAGCAGCAGCCGUGCCAAUGGGAGUGACACCAUCCUCUAACAGAAUGGAACUAACCAGUACAAUCUGACCUCCAUGUGAAAACUGCUCCUGGUUGGCAAGUGUGGGAGUUGAACUGAGCCGUUGGAAUACAUUGUCUCCAUCUAUCCCAUCAGCGGCAUUAACAAGGAAGGAAUGCCUCUAUCUCAGCUCCCACAACAAAGAAGAAAGGGAGAGGAGCAGAGCUGGUGGGAGGAGAAGUGAUGUGAGGGGAGGGGUGCACUGUGAGGGGAGAGGAGCACAUUGUUUGCCUGUGACUGUGGGCAACGGAAAAGCAUGAGUUAUCAGGGCAUGUGUUUGGAAAGUGUGUUUGUAUGUAAGCAUGUGUGAAUGAGUGACGUGGACGCAGUGGAUUUUGGAGUGAGUAUGCUAGUGUGUGUGUGUGUGUCAGUGUGUGUGUGAGGAGCCUUCAGUUUAGGAUGUGAGGGCAGCGAGAAUGUUCAAAGGAUGCCCAAACAAAGCUGGACUUUUUUCCCUUCUUACCUCUUUUUAUGAACGUUGAUUGAGGAUUGGCUGGAUUCCUUUACUCAUGCUGUGCAACUCAAAUCUGCUUCAGGGUAGCCGAAGAUCUCCUUGCAUGCAUGGCCGAGGGGCCUUAUGUCAGAUAUUACCUCACUAGCCUCUGGGCUGAAGGAUUAUGGGUAACCUCAUAAGCCGGCCCAGCUGCCUGGGACAGAAGUCCAAGCAUGUGAGGACAGACGAGGACUUCCUGAAAGAGUGCUACCAACGGAAAAGAGAGUGGAAGCCGCAGGAGCAGACUGUGGAGACCAAACCAGAAGAGGUGGUCAAAGAAAAAACCGCAGAUGUUGGGGAGAUUGUUAAAGAGACAAAGACAGAGGAGCUGGAGGAUAAGAGGGACGACAGGAGUCAGACCCCGGUCUCGGACAAACCUCUCCGCAGCUCUCCAGCGUCCACAAUCAGGAGUAACAGUACUCUGGACACUGGCUGGCACAGCAGCCCUUCACCAAUAAAAACGUCUCGGAACGGGACAUUGACAAGGAGGACAGGACCCCCAGAGUUUUCCAGAUCCCCUUUGGCAUAUCCUGACAGAACUGCAGCCGAGAGAAGAGCAAGUUUCCAGAGGAGAGACUCCAGAGAAGGAAGUCCAUGGUCUUGGAAGACUGUGGCCUCACGUGAAGUCACCGAGGUGACGGAGGUGACGGAGACCAUCAUAACUGAAAUUGUUGAAGUGACGGAGUAUCCGACGGGCAAUAAAGGAGGCAACCCAGUAGUCACCAGAACUGUUAGAGUCCUGAAUGGAGUGGCGGAGGAACUCGCUGAGCUCCAAAGUGAUGGACACUCAGAUCAAGACCAAGGCAAAAUGGUUAAAUGGAGGGGACCAAAAUCCACUCUGGCUUUGAAGGACAAUGCGACAGACUCUGACACGUUUCUCCAAAACCUGACGGCUCUGCUGACAUGGAUCAGUGAGAUAGAGGAGCUCACAGCCAGUCAAAAAGCCCCGUCAUCGGAGGUCAAAGUGGUAAAAGCACAACUCCAAGAACAAAAGCUCCUGCAGCGCCUCCUCACAGACCGUCGGCAUAGCAUGGACUUCAUGGUGACCGAGGGCCCUCAGAUGCUUGAGGCCCACCCAGGAGAGGAGGGGGAGCAGACAAAGGUCAAGCUCUCCACUCUUGAACAGAAGUGGGAGACCUUGCAGAAGGCGGCCGAGCAGAGGAGGGCAAGUCUGGAGGUGAUUCUGCCCAGGGCUCAGGUCUUCCAGGAAGAAGUGGACGGCCUUCAACAGUGGUUCAUAUCUGUAGAACAAGAUCUGGCUGAACUACGGAACGCUGAGAGAGUGAUGCUGCAUCUGUCGGAGGCCGCUGAUCGAGCCAAGGCUGUUUUCGAAGAGAUACAAACCAAAACCACACAGCUGAGCAGCAUUCAGAGGUCUGGGCAAGAUCUGAAGGACGCACUUUCAGAUGAAGAGGCCCAGCAAGUGCAGGAGAAGAUGGAUGCUCUACGUAUUCGAUGCUCUGUGUUGAGUCUGAGCAGUCUGGAUGUGCUGCAGAGGCUGGAGCAGGCCCUGGAGGCCUCCAGUCACUGCACGUCCAGCCAGGAGGACCUCCACCUGUGGCUGAGUCGCAUUGAGAGGGAGCUCCUGGGAGCAGCAGGAGCACAGACACACGCUGGAGAUGCAGUACUGUGUGCAGCUGAGAGACAAAGGCUGGAACAGGCAGUGCUGAAGGAAAUGGCCUGGUUCAAAAACACAUCACUGAAUUUGGAAAAGCUGAGGACCGUAAAUCUGGACCGACAGCUAAUAGAAGAACAGCUGAAUGAACAGAAGAUUUUGGCAGUGGAGAUUCUCCAGCAUAGGUUCAACAUUGAGAAGAUGGCAAAAAUAGCUGAAAUUCUACUAACAUACAGUGACGAGGGCGAUGGAAGUGAACUCCAGACACCCAUAGAUGUUUUGCAGGAGAAAUGUAAUGCCACCCUGGCCACCAACUCCCACGUGGUUCUUCAGUUGGAGCACGCUCAGUUGCUGCUCCUGCAGUUUGCAGAGAGCCUCACUGAAGUUUUGCCCUGGUUGAAAGAAACUCAAGGCCUCAUUGGACAUCUCUCCCUGAGCACAAUUAGCUAUGAAGCAUUUCGGGAACAACAGGACCUCCUACAGGGUCUGAGGGAGUCAAUAGCAGAGCACAGACCUUUGAUUGGACGCCUAUGCUCUUUAGCGAAACGCCUGGCAGAACUAAAUCCCAUUCAGGGUGAGGAGUUUUGUCGAAAGGCAGCAGAAGCUGAGGAGCAACACAGAGCGAUAAGAGACCGUGUCAGAGAGACAGCCAGUCUGCUGGAGGAAUCACUGCCACGAUUCACGCAGCUGAAUGAGAGGAUGACUCUGAUCAGAGAGAGCCUGGACCGCCUGUGCAGUCGCAUACAGACCCCCACAUCCCUUCAAGGCCUCACACCGAGGAUCCAAGAGCAGCUGCAGGACAACAAACACACCCUGUCUGAGCUGUCCAAACUACAGCUGGGCCUCGGCAGUGUUAAGACUCAGGCAGAUGAGCUGCUGGCAAACACACAGGCUGCCGGUGAUGCAUCCAUUGGCACAGCAAUCCAGGAGCGAGUGUCUGGCCUGUCUCAGCUGUGGACUGAAACACACACUCAGGCCCAGGAGAGGGAAAGCUGGCUGCUCAAACUCUUGGAAAUUGCUGUGAAGUUUUGGAAUGAUGUUGGUGAUGUCACAGCUGCUCUCAGUGAUGCGCAGCAGGCAGUUGUGGACCUUAACGGUAGUCGGACAGACUGCGAAACAAUUCGCCAGAGCCUGGAAACGAUGCAGACUGUCGGGGAGGAUAUUGACAGUUUACAGGGAGACCUGGAUUCUCUCGCCAUUGUUGGAAUGGACCUCAUGUCAGCAUGUGGAGAUACAGACAGACCACAUGUUACCAAGAGCCUAGAUGAACUCUACUGCACCUGGAACAACCUCAGCAAACUGUGGAACGAGUGUCACAAAAAGCUGGAGGACUCCUUACAGAUGGCGCUGCACUACCAGGACUCUAUGCAGGGUCUUUUUGAGUGGCUCAAGUCCGUUGAACUAAGGUCAACAGAGGAAUUCAUGGUAGGAACAGACUUGGAAUCAGUCAAAGAGCAGCUGUGUAAUCUUAAGGAGUUCAAGAGAGAACUUUAUCAGAAGAAGAUCGAGAUAGAAAGCCUGAACCACCGCUUCGUUUGCCGACUGUCUCCAGGCUCAGAGCGGCCGGGGUCUGUGUCUCCGCUGUGUGACUUCAGAAUUCGCUGGGACAGCCUGGAGUCAGAGACUGUCAGCAGACAGCAUCAGCUGGAGUGUGCUCUGAUGGGUCUGGGUCAGUUCCAAAACACGUUGGAUGAGCUGCACACGUGGCUCUCCCGGACCGCAGAGCUGCUUCAGGGCAGCCAGCCAAUCAGCAUUGACCUGCAGGCCUGCGAAAUAGAGUUGGCCAAACACAAGGUCUUGCGAAAUGAUGUCAUGUCUCAUGUUCGCACAAUGGAAUCGCUAAAUAAGGCGGGCAGGGGACUGCUGGAGGUGGGGUCUGUGGACAGUCCACAUGGUCUGCAGUCUCGCCUAGAGCAGCUUAAUGAAAGCUGGGAGUUUGUUCGCUGUGAGACUGAGCGGAGGCAGCUGGAACUGGAGAACAGGCUGAGUCAGGUCCAAGAUGUUAGCAUGGAGAUACAGGAUCUCCUGCACUGGCUGGACAACACAGACCUGAGGUUGUCGUCCUCUAAGGCCACGUGGGGAAUGCCAGACUCUGCAAGUGAAAGGCUGAGUGCACAUUUGGAAUUGUGCAACGAGAUGGACUCAAAGCUUCAUGCCUUCACUGAUGUAAAGAACGCCAUCUACAGGAUGCUCGAGAGUGGCAAUGUUGUGCGGGGUUCAAGCGCUGAACACAGUCUGUCUAUGCUUGAACAGAAAUGGGCGUCUGUUUACAACAAAGUCCAAGAAAGAAAGGCUAAACUAACAGAGGGAUUAAGUCUGGCCAAGGAGUUCCAUGGUAAUGUCCAGGAACUUCUGACUAAGAUGAGCAAAUGUGAGGAGUCUAUCGGGCUCCUUCCAUCUCCCAGCUUUGUCCUGGACACUGUCUGUGCUCAGCUGCAGGAUCACAGAACACUCUUGAAUGAGGUAAAUGGUUACUGUGAGAAGAAGACCACAGUAGAGAGCACUGGCUGCAGACUGAGUGCAAUGAGCAGGAAGGAGGACUGUGAUGUCAUCCAUAAUCUGAUAAUGACGGUCCAGGAUCGCUACAAAAAGCUGCAGCAGUGUACCUCAGAGCGGGGCAGGACGCUGGAGGAGGUCAAAAAGAGUGCAAAGCAGUUCAGUGAAUCUUGGCACCUCCUACUGGACUGGAUGACUGAAGUGGAGCAGACGUUGGACACGCAUAAAGAGAUCGCUGUGUCUCAUGAGGAGAUUAAACAGCAGCUGACUGAACAGAAGGAGUUCCAGAAGAUGCUCAGGUCAAAGAGGCCAAUGUACGAAGCUACGCUGAAGAGAGGUCGGAGUCUCCAUGAGAGAGCGCAGACCGGCCAUGACAGACAGCACCUGGAAAAUCUGCUGGCUGAACUCAAAGACACGUGGGACACAGUCAGUGGGAAGUCUUUGGAGAGGCAGCAUAAGUUGGAGGAAGCACUGCUGUUCUCAGGCAGAUUCACUGAUGCUCUCCAAGCACUGAAUGACUGGUUGUACAGAGCAGAACCUCAGCUGGCUGAAGAUGUUCCAGUUGGAGGAGACAAAGAUAUAGUGAAUAAUCUGAUCGACAAACACAAGGCUCUCCAAAAAGAAUUGGGAAAGCGAGCUGGAUGUAUUAAGACCCUAAAGCGUUCUGUGAGGGACCUGACCAGGAACAGCACAGCUGAUGCUCAUUGGCUACAGGAGCAGAUGGAUGAACUGGAGGGUCGGUGGGAGGAUGUGUGCAAACUGUCAGUCAGCAAGCAGGACCGGCUGGAGGCGGCACUUGAGCAGGCCGAGAAGUUUGACACUCUUGUCCACUCUUUCAUGGAGCGCCUCACUGAAGCAGAGAGAAUACUAAAAUAUGGAAUAAUACCUGAAGAUGAAGAAGGUUUGCUUGCCUUCAGCAAACAACACAAGGAGUCAGUGAGUGUCCUGCAGUCUCAGACUGUGGAGCUGGAGAGCAUCCAGUCUCUGGGUGAGAAGAUUCUUUCUUCCUGUCACCCUGAUUCUGUGAUCACCCUAAAAUCCUGGAUCAGCGUUACAAAAACUCGCUACGAGGAGGUUCAAACAUGGGCUCAGCAGCAGGGCCAGAAGAUUCAGUCCAGCUUGGCAGCACUGGAUGCAGAAAAGGAAGAAUUGCAGAGACUUCUAGACUGGAUCUCCUCUGCAGAGGAAGCCCUGACCCUCAGAGACCAAGAACCUCUGCCAGACACCACAGAGCAGAACCAGGAACUCAUCGAGCAACACAGGGUGUUUCUGGAGGAAUUAAAUAAAAAAGUUCCAGAAGUUGAACAUGCUACAAAGUCCUGCAAACACAAGAGUAUUACUAAACAGCAAGUGUCUCCUAGUAAAAGACCUUUUUUCAAGAGGAAAAGCACCUUGAAGAUGCAGCCCUCUCUACCAGUUCCUCUGGAGCAUCUCGACCCCCAGACUCCACAGAUGUGUCAGCUGGUCUCUCAGUGGCAGAAGCUUUGGCUCCUGACCAUGGCCAGACAAACCCGUCUGGAACAACACCAGCAAACACUCAAAGAGAUAGAGGAAUUUGCAAAUUUCGACUUUAACAUCUGGCGGAAACGGUACAUACAAUGGAUCAGUCAUUUAAAGUCACGCAUUUUAGAUGUGUUUCGAAGCAUCGACAGAGACCAGGAUGGACGCAUCAGUCAGAAGGAGUUUGUGGAUUACGUCCUUUCUUCCAAAUUUCCUACCAACUCUUUGGAGAUGAACGCUGUAGCGGGCAUCUUUGACAUGAACAACGACGGCUUCAUUGACUACUACGAGUUUGUAAGUGCCCUUCAUCCCAGCAGGGACCCCUACAGGAAAACACUGGAUUCAGAUCAAAUCAACGAAGAGGUGAGUCGCCAAGUUUCCCAGUGCAACUGUCCCAAGAGGUUCGAAGUGGAGCAAAUAAGUGCCAAUAGAUACAGGUUUGGUGAUUCUCAGCAGUUGCGAAUGGUUCGUAUUCUGCGAAGCACAUUGAUGGUGAGAGUGGGAGGAGGCUGGACUGCUUUAGAUGAGUUCCUGGUCAAGAAUGACCCAUGCAGAGUCAAAGGACGAACCAACUUAAAGAUCAAGGAGAAGUACUUGUCUCCAGGUGGAAGCUCUUCUAAAGGUUUGACAGUUAGUAGAUCCAACUCCAGCCUCAGCCUCUACAGCAGUGCCUCGGCCCCCACCAGCCCCAUGACACGCAAGGCAAAGGCGUUACUCCGCAGAAGUUUCUCAGGUGAUCGCUGCAUCCGUCCCAGGAGUUCCAUUGCUGCUUUGGAGUCUGAUUUACAGUUCGGCACAACAGGGGAGGAUGUGUUGUCCACACCGUCAGACGAAGCUGAGAGGUUACCCACAUGAUCACCUGGGCCCCUCACAACCAUGUGCACGCUGCAUCCAAACACAGCCUUGAGGGGUCUGGAAACAGUGAUAAGCAGUAUCAGUCACAUCCGAGACUCAGAUCCUGACAGAGUGGUACAAAGUUCAAAGGUACACGGUUUAUUCAGCUUUGAAAGGCCUCCAGGAAGAUAUUGAGAGGACAAUGAGGAUAUUGAUUUUUAAAUAAUAGUCUGUGAUUGCAUCGUGUGUUGUGGAAGGUUCUGCAUGGAUGCUCUCUGCAUGAAGACAGAGCCCUGCGUGAUAUUUUAUUUUUGCAUUAAAAGUGAUUUAAUGUUUGGGAGAGAAAUUGUUUUUGUUGACACACCUCUUAAGGACAUUGUACACAUUCAUUUGACACUUGUAUCAAAUUCAUUGAAGCUACAAGACUCCAUCCAUCCCUUUGAAAUUUUUUGAGGGGAGGGGGUUGUUUCAUUCCUUGAAGACGACGUUGUUGGCAGGGCCACACUGUUUUACAUUCUGUGAUGCCAUAUUUUGAAAUACUUGUGUAUUUUUGUUGCUAUCCUGUACUUCACUGUAAGAAUGUGUAAUGAGCAACGCACCGCAGUGCAGCAGGUCAUUGUUAAUUUGUAGAGAUUGUUUUCUCAGGAUUGAUUUUGCCUUUCAUUGUGUUUUCUUUGGGAACAUUACUGUGAAAGCGUAGAUGUCUAGGUGGUUUUAUGUGUAGCAAUACUUCCCCACAGCACAUUUUGUUUAUUUGUUUAAAAAUGCACUUUUCAUCAUUUGACUACUGAUAGCUUGUUAGUGGGGAAAAUGGCAGAUGUGAGCUGUGGAAUGAGGGCUGUUUCUUUUUUUUUUUUAAACAUAAACCAAACUAGGGUUUGUGUUUCCUUUUUCAUUGCAGAAUGCACUGGAGUUGAUGUCUAAUUGUUGAUGAAACAAGUGGUUUUAAAAGCAUAAAGCAGUUAAUAUCCAUUUUUGUCACUUUUCUGGCUUUGGUGUCUGCUUUUUAUAAUCCCUUAAGUCUGGUCCAUUUUUAUACCUUACUCAAAAAAUAUUUAGGGACUAUCUGUAAAUACACUCACCCCGAGAGUGAAGCAACCGCCCCACAGUCUUUCUAUGCUUAAAAGACUGCUCAGUGUUUUACUGUGUGUGGACUGACUGCUUACUUUGUACCUGAGCGUGAUUUGUACUAGAUCUCUUAUGGACAAAACAGCUGCAUAUCUACAUAACUGUAUUCAUUCUAUGCAGUUGUGAAAAAAAGAAUUUUUAAAGUCAAAAGUGGUUUUACAUGCUGAAAACAGCAUUUUCUUUUUGCCUCAGUGUGAUGAUGUUUGAAGAGUGAUAUUUACUGUACUGUACUGUAAGAAAAGAAAUAGCCAAUUUCACUACUCUUGCUAUGCAGCCUAACCUUUCUGUACUGUAAAUGUUUCUAAACCUAGCUCUAUUCAUUAAGGGACUGUAGAUGAAUGCUCAUCAUUUGAAUUACACUUGUAUAAUAAAUUCAUCAGUUUUGUAAUAAAUCAUUGCCGUUGUUGUUUAUACUGAACAGUAUACACAUACAGGGCUUGUUUGAAAAAACAAAAAUGUUGAAAACAGUUUAAAAAGUUGACGUUAUACUGAUUUCAAUACUUUUUUUUCUUUCACUUUUCUACUGCUUACAAACUGGGAUUCCAAUCCGCCACCCUCCAAAUACAAGCGCAAUCCCUCAACCAGUGAGCCGUGCGACCCUCUUCUAUGUAAAGUGUGUAUUGUGAUUUCUUGCAACAGUGCAACAUCCGGUUCAUUCAGUUAAGUUCUUUUUUUUUAUCACUUCCUUUAGUUCAGUUGUGUCACACUUGCGUCAUUCUCAUGCUUCUUUUACCUUUAUGAAGAGGUUGUCCUUCUGUAAAUGUCACUGCCCACAUUCUCCCAUGAGUAUGUUGUCAUGGUUGUUUGCAGUGCAUCCACUGGGGGGCAGACCUCAACUCUUUCUUUCCUGCCUUCAGACCUAAAUUGAGAGUUCUCACCUUUUGUGACAUGACUGUACUAGUGUGGAACACACUCUUCUGUGUUCCUUUCUGGUUGCAUUUGAAAAUGCUGAAUUAAGCACAUACUGAAUACAAACUACUGUUUAAAAAUUUCCCUGAGCUUAACUACUAAAUCGGUUCAUUAUCUAUUGUUAUUCCUUCCUGAGUGGGGCACUAGAGCCAAUCCCAGCUAUCUACGGGUGAGGGCGGGUACACCAUGGACAGUUCACCAGUCCAGGUACACGUAUAGAGACAAAUAAACACUCACAUUCACACCCAUGGACAAUUUAUUUUAAUCAACACAGAGAACAUGCAAACUCCACACAGAAAGAUCAAUCAGGGAUCAAACAACGUUUCCCUCCGUGAUAAUUACUUCACCUUCCUCAUCUGUGUCUAAACCUGUAUCUAAAAAAGGUUGUCUCUCUCACUAGUUA